AAUUCCAAUUUCCAUGCAAUAUUUCCCUCGCAAACUUCUCGGGUCCCCUGUGGAACUGAAUCCACAUGCCCGGCCCAUAUUGCAACCAAGAAGCUCCGGGAUUCACCGGAAGCUUGGCACGCUUGAAGGAAGCUUCGGCUUUCUCGUCAUCGACUGCCCGCCGCUUCAGUGGGGGCUUCUCCAUUUCCUUGCUUCAAUUUCAAAUUUCAAAUCUUCCUUUAUCUUCGAAGCGAGUCCAGAAUGCAUGUAAAUGACGAUGUCCGCUUCAUUUCGUCGUCCGUUAAAAUCCCCCAUCCUCCCAAAACCCCAACCCUUUGUUUCGAAAGCAUACGUUCUCAAAUCCUUCACACUGGAAACCCAAUAGCCCGACUCGUUGAUUCUAUCAGAAGUCGUUCAAAACUUGAUAACUUUAACCCGAAAAGUCCUCCAUUGUUGUCUCGGAAGGCGAAAUGGACUAGUUCAGCCCCGAGUGUUUCGGACGAAAGGGUUAAAUCGUCUUUUUUCUGCUCAGCAUCGUUGUCCUCGAGUGGGUCUGGGACUGGUGACAAGGGAGCAUUGAAAGGAACGUCACCUAUUCUCUGCUCAGCUUCCUUGUCAUUGGCGGAGUCGAGCCAAUCGGGGCCAGAAGGGAAGGAGACACCACAGAAGGGGCACGCUUCAAGUCGACAGAACGAAGAGAGGGUGCUGAUCAGUGAGGUGCUUGUUAGAAACAAGGAUGGAGAGGAGCUCGAGAGAAAGGACCUUGAGAUGGAGGCACUUCAGGCCCUCAAAGCUUGCCGACCCAACUCUGCUCUUACUGUGCGCGAGGUCCAAGAGGAUGUGCAUCGCAUCAUUAAUAGUGGGUAUUUCUGCUCGUGCAUGCCAGUUGCGGUUGAUACCCGUGAUGGCAUCAGAUUGGUAUUUCAGGUAGAAGCAAAUCAAGAGUUCCAAGGUUUGGUAUGUGAAGGAGCUAAUGUUCUUCCAGCAAAGUUUCUAGAGGAUUCAUUUCGGGAUGGAUAUGGGAAAGUUAUCAAUCUAAGGCGACUGGAUGAAGCAAUAUCAUCCAUCAAUGGCUGGUAUAUGGAGCGUGGUCUUUUUGCUAUGGUUUCAGCUGUUGAGACUCUCUCAGGGGGUAUUCUGAGAUUGCAAGUUUCAGAAGCUGAGGUCAAUAACAUCUCUAUACGGUUUCUAGAUAGGAAGACAGGUGAGCCUACUUUAGGGAAGACAAAGCCAGAAACAAUACUCAGGCAAAUUACAACCAAGAAGGGGCAGGUCUACAGUAUGAUUCAGGGAAAAAGAGAUGUAGACACUGUGUUAACUAUGGGAAUCAUGGAAGAUGUUAGCAUUAUUCCUCAGCCAGCAGAUACAGGGAAGGUUGAUUUGGUGAUGAAUGUGGUGGAGCGUCCUAGUGGAGGAUUUUCAGCAGGUGGUGGAAUAUCGAGUGGGAUUACCAGUGGUCCUCUGUCUGGACUUAUUGGAAGCUUUGCCUAUUCUCAUAGGAAUGUUUUUGGACGCAACCAGAAACUCAAUAUAUCCUUGGAGAGGGGUCAGAUUGACUCAAUAUUUCGGAUAAACUUCACAGACCCUUGGAUUCAAGGAGAUGACAAACGAACAUCUAGGACAAUAAUGAUUCAGAACUCAAGAACCCCUGGAACAGUUGUUCAUGGUAACCAGCCUGAUAAUAGUAGCCUGACCAUUGGUCGUGUCACAGCUGGUAUAGAGUUCAGUCGACCUGUCAGGCCAAAGUGGAGUGGAACUGCAGGGCUUAUUUUUCAGCAUGCCGGGGUUCGUGACGACAAAGGGACUCCUAUCAUCAAGGAUGGUUACAGUAGUCCUCUCACUGCAGGUGGAAAUACCCAUGAUGACAUGUUGCUUGCUAAAUUUGAGACUGUUUACACUGGUUCUGGCGAUCAUGGGUCUUCUAUGCUUGUCUUCAAUAUGGAACAGGGACUUCCUCUUUUGCCUGAGUGGUUGUCCUUCAAUAGGACGAAUGUGCGUGCUAGGACGAGCAUUGAGAUAGGUCCUACUCGCUUUCUUUUAAGCCUCUCUGGUGGUCAUGUGGUGGGAAAUUUCUCUCCCUUUGAAGCAUUCCCUAUUGGCGGAACAAAUAGUGUGAGAGGCUACGAAGAAGGUGCUGUGGGCUCUGGUCGAUCAUAUAUUGUUGGCUCUGGAGAAGUUUCUUUCCCGAUGUUGAGGCCAGUAGAAGGAGUUUUAUUUUCCGACUAUGGAACAGAUCUUGGAUCAGGCUCAACUGUUCCUGGUGACCCUGCUGGAGCAAGGCUGAAACCUGGGAGCGGAUGCGGAUAUGGGUUUGGGAUCCGUGUGGAUUCUCCAUUGGGUCCUUUGCGUCUUGAGUAUGCCUUUAAUGGUAAUCGUGAAAGGAGAUUUCACUUCGGAGUCGGUCAUAGAAACUAAACGUUUAGCCUGCCGCCCGGAGCCCACUUUGUUCUUCCCCGUGUCCUCACGAAAGCUUGCUUUGUCAUCCUUGUGAAAUAGCGUAUGGCCUUUUUGUUUUCCCAAUAUUAAUUAGCUGUCCUGAUGGCUUCUUUUAACGGUUAGAUUGCUAAUGCCUCGCAUGAAAUGGCUUGCUUCCAUUUUGAUUCCAAGGAGGGAGGUUGGUUCACUGUUGGGGACACAGCGCCUUGGUGAGCAUGCCAAGGCUGGGGCAUGUCUCUUCCCAGUUUAGAAUAGGGACUCUUUGACUUCUUCCCCUCGUCCUCUGCUGUACAUAUGCUGUUGGAAUUUUGGAGACAAUAUCGUAUAUUCAAUAUUCUUGUAAUCCAUAUUUUCAACAUUCACAUGUCAUUGGUGGUUUUGAACUGCUGUGCCAUUGACAAAGAUCUCGUGUGUCAAGUUCUGACUUGCACGUAUUCUCCCA